AUGCCAAAAUCACAUUGGCACAUAGGGCCACGUGAUGUUGAAUAUGACACUUUUGACCAAGUAGUGUCUCUUUGCUUACGAGGAGAGAGAGGGAGAAGAGGUGUUAAUUGUACGCUCUUUGUCCACCGCCCCAUCAUGUCACGUGAACAGCACGCUCUUGCACAUAACUCAAAAUUGGUGAUAGGAAGGGAAUACAGUGGUUUGUGGCGGCAGUACGAACACGAUACCGACAGGAAAUCGGAUGUAAAAUGGGUAGAUACCCACACGGUCCAGAAAGCUUAA